UCCUCUCUCUCUCUCUCUCUCUCUCUCUUGUCCCAUCUGAUCUGCUGCCAUUGAAUCUCUGCUACCAAAGCUAUCUUCAUCCGCAAUAACACACGAUGGAAAAUAGGUCGACUCGCAUAGCGAUAUUGAAUCCUGACAAGUGCAAGCCCAACAAAUGUAAGCAGGAAUGCAAAAGGAGUUGUCCAGUCGUACGUACUGGUAAAUUAUGCAUUGAGGUCUUACCUACGUCAAAGGAUGCUCGUAUCUCCGAAGAGUUGUGCAUUGGUUGUGGUAUAUGUGUUAAGAAAUGCCCAUUUGGAGCAAUUGAAAUCAUCAACUUGCCAAAGUCAUUGGACAAAUAUACAACCCAUCGUUACGGUUCGAACUCUUUUAAAUUACACAGGUUGCCAGUCCCUAGGCCAGGUGAAGUUCUUGGUUUGGUUGGGACUAAUGGCAUUGGGAAGUCAACUGCCCUCAAAAUUUUGGCUGGCCAGCUGAAACCGAAUUUGGGUCGUUUCAAUAGCCCUCCAGAUUGGCAGGAAAUCUUGGCUUACUUUCGAGGAUCUGAGCUGCAGAGUUAUUUUAUUCAUCUCCUGGAAGAUAAAUUGAAGGCAAUUAUCAAACCCCAAGACGUCGAAGACAUCCAAAGACAAUAUGAUGGAAAAUCAGUAAGGGAGGUGCUCGAACAGAUCGAUGAGAGGGGGAUGAAGGAAGAACUCUGUGUUGAUCUCGAGCUAAACAAUGUUCUGGACAGUAAUAUAGGCUAUUUAUCCGGUGGAGAGCUUCAGAGAUUUGCCAUUGCUGUUGUUGCCAUGCAGAAUGCAGAUAUAUAUAUCUUUGACGAACCUUCAAGUUUUCUUGAUGUGAAGCAAAGGCUUAAAGCAGCCAAAGUUAUCCGAUCUUUGAUCAGGCCUGAUAGCUAUGUGAUUGUUGUGGAGCAUGAUUUGAGCGUUCUAGAUUACUUAUCAGAUCACAUUUGUUGUUUAUAUGGGAAACCGCGCGCAUAUGGAGUUGUAACUCUACCAUUCUCAGUUAGAGAAGGAAUCAACAUCUUCUUGUCUGGAUUUAUUCCUACAGAAAAUCUACGGUUCCGGGAUGAAUCUCUGACUUUCAAGGUUGUUGGGACUCCACAAGAAAGUGGUGACGAAAUCGGGACGUAUGCACGGUAUAGAUACCCAUCAAUGGCUAGAACUUUGGGAAAGUUCAAGCUUCAAGUGAUUGAGGGUGAGUUUACAGAUUCUCAGAUUAUUGUGAUGUUGGGUGAGAAUGGAACAGGAAAGACCACGUUUAUCAAAAUGCUGGCCAAUCACUUCAAAAAUAAUUCUAAUGUGGAGAUACCUAAGCUUCAUGUUUCGUACAAGGCUCAGAAAAUUAGAUUGCCUGCAUCAACUGUCAGAGACUGCCUUCAUACGAAAAUUCGUGAUUCAAGUACUCAUCCCCAGUUUGUGACAGACGUGAUGAAGCCUCUUCAAAUCGAAGAAUUGAAGGACCGCGAAGUCGCAAAUCUUUCUGGUGGAGAGCAGCAAAGGGUUGCUUUAUGUCUAUGCCUUGGACAGCCUGCAGACAUAUAUCUGAUAGAUGAACCAAGUGCAUAUCUUGAUUCGGAGCAGCGAAUCGUUGCAGCAAAAGUCAUAAAGAGGUUCAUCCUCCAUGCUAAGAAAACCGCAUUCGUGGUUGAGCAUGAUUUCAUUAUGGCUACUUACUUGGCAGACAAAGUUAUUGUCUAUGAAGGAAAGCCAUCAGUUGACUGUAUUGCAAAUUCUCCAGAGUCAUUGUUGAGUGGGAUGAAUCUCUUCUUAUCUCAACUGGAUAUCACAUUUAGACGUGACCCUACAAACUACCGCCCAAGAAUCAACAAAUUGAACUCAACCAAGGAUAGGGAGCAAAAAGCCGCCGGGUCCUAUUAUUACUUGGACGACUAAACUGGAACACUGCCCAACAUAUUCGAGACAACAAGUCCCCUCUCCAAGGGCGGGACUCUAUGGGACAGGACUCGACUAAGCCCCAGCCACCAAACGGGAAAGUUCUGCAAGUUUUCAGAGGGCAGGGCAUUGAUAGAUAGAGUCUAGUCAAUAUCAA